CUGCAAAUGGCGCAUGCGCCCUGAGGCGGGGGCGGACAGGCGGGCAGCGCAGACUGGAGAUGGAGCCGCUGCCGAGCUUCGCGCACAUGGGGCUGGACGGGCGGCUGCUGCAGGCCAUCGCUGAGCUCGGCUGGGCCAAGCCCACGUUGAUCCAGGAGAAGGCCAUUCCACUGGCCCUGGAAGGCAAGGACCUGCUGGCCCGGGCUAGGACUGGCUCUGGGAAGACGGCCGCCUAUGCCAUCCCCCUCAUCCAGCACUUGCUCCAAGUGAAGAUGUCCCCCUUGGUGAUGGAGCAGGCCGUGCGUGGGCUGGUCCUGGUGCCCACCAAGGAGCUGGGCCAGCAGGUGCUGCAGAUGAUCCAGCAGCUGACGGCGUACUGCACCCGUGAUGUCCGUGUUGCUGAUGUCUCUGGGCAGGUGGACAUGUCUGCACAGAGGCCCAUCCUGAUGGAGAAGCCGGAUGUGGUGGUGGGGACGCCGUCACGGGUCCUGGCUCACCUGCAGGGCCACAGCCUGAGCCUGCGCCACUCCCUGGAGGUGCUGGUCCUGGAUGAGGCCGACCUACUCUUCUCCUUUGGCUUCGAGGAGGAUCUGAAGAACCUGCUGUGCCACUUCCCCAAGAUCUACCAGAGCUUCCUGAUGUCAGCCACCUUUAACGAGGAGGUGCAGGCACUGAAGGAGCUGGUGCUGCACAACCCGGUGACCCUGAAGCUACAGGAGUCCCAGUUGCCGGAGGCGGCCCAGCUGUGCCAGUACCAGAUCCGCUGCGCGGGCGAGGAGGACAAGUUCCUGCUGCUCUAUGCGCUGCUCAAGCUGGGGCUGGUGCCAGGCAAGGCCAUUCUCUUCGUCAAUACCGUGGAGCGCAGCUACCGCCUGAAGCUCUUCCUGGAGCAGUUCAGCAUCCCAGCCUGCGUGCUCAACUCCGAGCUGCCCGUGCAGUCCCGGUGCCACAUCAUCAGCCAGUUCAACCGAGGCUUCUACGACUACAUCGUGGCCACCGACGAGCAGGCGCUGGCGGAGCCCGCGGUGCGGGCCAAGAGGAGGAAGGUUGCCAAGGCAGAGAAGGGCAAAGACCCAGAGUAUGGUGUGGCGCGGGGCAUCGACUUCCAGAACGUUGCCACCAUCAUCAACUUCGACCCCCCCCCCUCGGUUGAGUCCUAUAUCCACCGGGCCGGCAGGACGGCCCGUGCUGACAACCCCGGCACAGCCCUGACUUUCGUGACACACCCAGAGUGCCCCCUGCUGGCCGAGAUUGAGGAGGCUCUCGCAGGAGAGAACACCGAGCCUGUGCUGCGCCCCUACCAGUUCCGGAUGGAGGAAGUCGAGGGGCUCCGCUACAGAUGCCGGGACGCCAUGCGCUCCGUCACCAAGCAGGCCAUCAAGGAGGCGCGGCUGAGAGAGAUCAAAGAGGAGCUACUCAACUCGGAGAAGCUGAAGACGUACUUCGAGGACAAUCCCCACGACCUGCGGCUGCUGCGCCACGACCGGCCCCUGCAUCCGGCCAUCGUCAAACCACACCUGCGCAAUGUGCCUGAGUACCUGGUGCCCCCCACCCUGCGCGCCAUUGCCCAGCCCCUGCUCAACAAGCGCAAGCAACGGAAACACUUGGCCCCCAGCAGCAGCCGCCCCAGGGGGGGCUUCCAGGCCCGGGGGGGGCGCAACCCUCUGCGGAGCUUCCAGUACAUGGGGAGGAGACCUCGGCGCCCAGCUAGCGAAGGGAAGACGUCCUGAGCCAUGGGCCCCUGUCAACGACAACACCUGUCUGGACUCAGAAUGGACAAUGUCCAGUAUGGCUGGGGCUGAUUUCCCCCCCUGGGCCAAGAGGAGACAAAUGCUGCACCCCGCUGCCCCGGCCUGGCUCCGCUCUCUGAGCAGGGGUCCUAUGGGGCACCUGUGGCUGGGCGUGGGCAUCUCCUGCUGCUGCCGUCAGCCAUGCCCCAGUAUCAGGCCUCGGGAGCCUGUGUGUGGCUGUGGGAACGGGGGGCUGUGGCCAAAGGGUUGUAGACGGCAGCUGACCCCAAUAAAGCUCAGUCCUGGCUCAACA